AUGGAUCGGCUGAAAAAGCAGAGGACACCCCAGCGGUCAACCAUGACAAGAUUGAUCAACGAGUUGGACGCCGAGCUGGGGAAACAAGAACCAGAUGUCAGCUUCAUUUACGGCAAGAUGACUGUUUUGGAGCAAGUUCGGGAAAAAGUCGCCGAGCUCGACAAAGAAAUUCUGGAUGCGAUUCUUGAUGACGAAUUCGCAGAAGAAACAGCCUAUGCAGAUGAAAACAAUAGAAUUAUGGAGUAUAUAGAAAAGCAUUCCAAUAUCAAGGUCCGUGUUGAGAUGGUAUUGGCAAAUGGAUGUGCAUCAUCAACCCCACCAGCAAGUACCAAUAGUUACGCCAGUGUUCACACCGAUACAGAUCACAAGAAGAAUUACAAAUUGCCGAAAAUCCAGUUGAAGAAAUUCAAUGGAGAGUUGACAGAGUGGCUGGGCUGGUGGGCGCAAUUCAAGAAAAUUCAUGAGGAUGAUGGUCUACACGAUUCGGACAAAUUUCAAUAUUUGAUCCAGUGCAUUCCCCAAGGAACGAGGGCGAGAGACCUGGUGGAUAGCUACCCCCAGUCAGAAGAGAACUAUCCCAAAGUUAUCAGAGCAUUACAAGAUCGCUUUGGGAAGUCAAGAUUAUUGAAACAAGUAUAUGUGAGAGAGAUGUUGAGGAUGGUCAAUGUCAACGCCAAUCAAAAGGUGGAGUUGUCAAAAAUGUAUGACCGUCUCGAAUCACAAUUGAGGUCGCUCGAGAGUCUUGGAUCCACAUCCGAUAAUGCAGCAGAGUUCUUGUAUCCGAUGGUGGAGUCCAGCCUCCCGGAAGAAACUCUCAUCGCCUGGCAAAGGAGCUCUUUCUAUGGAAAAGAUGGGAGUACAGCGACGCCACCGAGAACAGAAUUGGAUUACCUCAUGGACUUCAUCAAGCAAGAAGUUGAAGCCGAAGAAAUGAGGAAGUUGGUGAAGAUUGGAUUUUCUGAGUCAAAAGAAACCAAGAAAGAAAGUCAUGGGCAUCGAGAAAAGAAAGCAGCGAAAGAUGUCCCAACAGCCGCAAGUUUGUCGGUCAACUCGAAGAUCCCGACGUGUGCAUUUUGCGGCAAAAGUAACCAUCCCAGCCAGGAUUGUUACCGAGCCAGAACAAUGAAUAAAGAACAAAGAGAUCAGAAAAUCAAGGAGAGUCGUGCUUGCUUCUCGUGCUUGAAGCAAGGUAACAUAUCCAAGAAUUGUAGGAGUCAUGUGAGCUGCCCAAUCUGCAACAGGAAACAUUAUGCAAUUAUGUGUCCAGAUAAGCGAACUGAAGGAGAAAUUCGAGAGUUAUCGCAAGAGGUCCAAGGAAUGACGCUCACCCCGACGAUGAUCAACUCGACCGACAGCAAGCUUAUACUAAUGAAAACUCUCCACGUCCGAGUCAAAGGGUUCACUGGAGAGGAACAAGUGGUCAGAUUAUUAUUUGACGAAGGGAGUCAACGAAGCUACGUGAAGACCUCCCUCGCCAUCAAGUUAAAGUGCCCCAUCGUUGGACAGUUAUCUCUGCAAAAUACUUUAUUUGGCGGACAUACGAUGGGAAUUAAAGUGAAGAAUAACCAUCGAGUUAUUUUAAAACAAGUUGGAGGUGCCUUUUCUCAAGAAGUAAUCCUCAUUAAUGAAGAUAAAAUUUGUAGUGGAUGCCCUGCUGUCCCCACUGGUCCGUGGAUUUCUGAACUCGCAAGUAAGAAGAUAUAUAUUUCCGACAUGUGGAGCGGAUCAUCAGAGAUCGACAUCUUAAUUGGAAGUGAUCUGUGGGGAAAAUUGAUGACUGGUAGGAUGUAUAAAUUGAAGAAUGGACUCAUCGCAGUGGAAUCUGUCUUUGGGUGGACAUUAAGUGGAGAGGUGCCAGUUCAACCAAGCAAGAGUUAUGCUGCCACCGUCAUACCCAUGAUGACAAUUGAUGAGAAGUCUCUACCCAAUUUGUGGAAUCUUGACACAAUUGGAAUUAAAGAUACAGCCGAGAAAAUAAGUCAAGAGGAACACGACAUGAAAGUGAAAAGUCUGUUCCAACAACAAAUAACACGUGACGACCAUGGAAGAUAUGAAGUUAAACUCCCAUGGAUUUCGAAUGACAUCUCCCUUCCAAGCAAUCGAGGCGUGGCGGAAAAGAUGCUUGUGUCGUCAACACAGAGACUGAAGAGUAAAGGCGACUACAACAAAUAUGACCACGUUUUCGAGGAGUGGGAGCAAGAAAGAAUUAUUGAGCGAGUGGAAGAGAAUUGUGCAGAAAAGGAUCAUUUUCUCCCACAUCGACCAGUUUUCAAGCCGGUGAGUGCUACGACACCCGUCCGGCCAGUUUUUGAUGCAAGUUGCAAAGUAGGAAAGAAUCCGUCCCUCAACCAGUGCCUGGAGAAGGGGCCGAACAUGUUGGAGCUCAUUCCCUCCAUAUUGCUGCGCUUCAGAGAGAAGAAAAUUGGGAUCAUCUCUGACAUAAGGAAAGCGUUCCAAAUGGUGGGAGUGGCAAGUGAAGACCUGAACUUCCAGAAAUUUCUUUGGUGGAAGGAUCCGAUCAAUGAAAUCAUCAAAGAGUAUCGACACACCCGAGUGGUAUUUGGCCUAAACUGUAGCCCAUUUAUCUUGGCAGCCGUGUUGGAACAUCAUCUGAGUCAAGUUGAACCAGAUUUCAAAACCGUGGCAGAGCUGCUCAAGAAAUCCUUGUAUGUCGACAACUGUGUGGUAUCGCUCGACACUGAUGAAGAAUAUGAAGAGUUCAGGCAGAAGUCCAUUACAUUAUUAGCCGAGGCGAAAAUGGACCUGCGCCAGUGGGAGCGAAGCAAUGACUUGAAUAAUGUGACCACGACAGUAUUAGGAAUGAAAUGGGACAAGUCUGAAGAUAAGUUGUUCUGUCAAAUGCCGAAAACACUUGAAGACGAUCUGGUAGUUACCAAGAGAAGUGUACUAUCAUUGGUAUCGCAAAUAUUCGACCCGUUGGGAAUAUUGUCGCCAGCCCUCCUCCAGCCCAAGUUGAUGCUGCAGGAAUCGUGGGCAAUGGAUUUAGAAUGGGACGAGCCCUGGAAUCAAAAUCAAGUUAAGAAGUUUAUGGAAUGGUGGGAGGAACUGGGCGAAUUGGGCAAGAUUCAAGUUCCAAGACAAGCAUUCGGCCCACACCCACCUGAUAAGAUUCAGCUUCACAUCUUUACCGACGCGAGUGUGCAGGCUUACGCAGCCGUCGUGUUUGUUCGAGUCAAGAGUGGAAGCAAAGUGACCGUGCAAUUGUUGAUGUCAAAGUCACGAGUGUCACCUCUGGACAAUAAGAAGGCCAAGAAGUUGACCAUACCGAGAGCAGAAUUACUUGGUGGGUUAAUUGGAUCAAGAUUAGGACAAACAAUUAAGGAAGCGCUGUCCAUGGAGAAAGUUGAGUGUCACUACUGGACCGACUCAACAACUGUUUUAGCAUGGAUUAAGCGAAACGAAAAUUACGGGACUUUUGUUGGAAAUCGAGUCCGUGAAAUAAACAAAUUAACAAGACCAGAGCAGUGGAGGCACGUGCCAGGUAUAAUGAACCCAGCAGAUCUUCCGUCCCGAGGGUGCUCUCCUUCCGCUUUAUUGGAAACCAAAUGGUGGGAGGGACCCAGAUGGCUAUACGAGGAUGAGAAGAAGUGGCCUCAACAAAAUUUGAAAUAUGACGAAGAUGAAGUGGCGAAGGAGCUGAAGAAGUGUGAAAUCAUGAUGGUGACCACUGUCGACCCCAGUUCCCCAAGAUUCUCCACAUAUUUGAAGAACAUUCGUGUAGCUGGUUGGAUAAGACGAUUCAUUAACAAUGCGAGAAAUAAGAAAGAGAAUCGUUCAACCAGCAUAUAUCUCAUCAUGAGUGAAAUGAGAGCUGCAGAAUUGGACGUCGUGAGAAGCAUUCAACAACGACAUUACAACAUAAAGUCACCAGUGAUGGGGAAUAUUCAAGUCGAGAUUCAAGAUGAUGGAUUAUGGCAUGUCAAGACAAGAUUGACCUACAAGGAAGACUCAAUAUUAUUUCGGAGCCCAAUUUUGUUGCCAAAUUCUGACCCAAUUACUCAUCAAUUAAUUAUGUAUAUCCAUAUGAGUAAUUGUCAUGCUGGGACUCAGUUUGUUCUUGGGAAGUUACGCGAGCGAUACUGGAUCCCAAGUGGAAGGAAAACAGUAGGUUCUCGCGAACGGAUCGAUCUUCAGUAUGCAUUUCAAACUACGGGAGUCGACCUCGCAGGACCAUUAGUGAUGAAGGGAGGGAAGAAACUUUGGAUUGUUUUAUAUACCUGUGCUGUCUAUCGCGGUAUAUAUUUGGACAUCGUAGACUCGCUCAGCAGUGAAGAUUUUUUGGAUUCUUUGGAGAAAUUUUGCUGUCUGAUUGGGCGACCUUCAAACAUCUUCAGCGAUAACGGAACCGAUUUUGUUGGCGCCGUCAAUUUAAUGAAGAAGCUGAAUUGGAUCAAAUUGGAAGAAUUAUUGCAAGUCAAGAAAAUCAACUGGACUCUAAAUCCUCCCAGUUCACCGUGGUGGGGAGGGUGGUGGGAACGGCUUGUUCGAAGUGUAAAAGAAUUGCUGAGAAGAAUGUUGGGAACGGCGAAGCUGACCAGGAAGGAGUUGGAAAGUUGUAUGGCGUCUAUCUCAUACACCAUCAACAAUCGACCGUUGACCACAUUAACGGAAGACGACGAGGCUCUCAUUCCUCUAACUCCAGCCAUGUUUAUGAAAGACUUACCAGUCGCCGGUCUACCAGAACAUGACCUGAUUGUCGGACGGACGAUUGGAGAAAGUUAUAAGAAGAUUCAAAAUUUGAAGCGAGCCUUGAGGGAAAGAUUUCGCAAAGAAUAUCUUGCCAACCUAGUCCAACACCGAAGCGAGAAGAAGACGCCUACGCCUGAGGUCGGUGACGUCGUGCUGGUGGGGCAGGAUAACAAGAAGAGGUUCGAGUGGCCACUCGGGCGGAUAUUGGAAGUCUAUCCAGGUAGAGAUGGAAAUGUCCGAGUUGCCAAAGUCAAGACCAAGUUGGGGUCAUUAUUGAGACCGCUCCAGCGUCUCUACCCAUUGGAAGUACCCCACCCUAAAUCAAUUGAAGUCACACAAGCGAUCAAAGAUAACGCUAAAGAGAGUACCAAGCAAGAAGAAUUAAAUGAAGGAGAUCACGUCUACAAAACCAGGAGCGGACGUGAAAUCGCCAUACCAAGCCGCUAUGGAAGUUGGAAUAAAUAG